GACGGGGGUGUGUGUAUCCCCGUCGUGGGUCCCGGCGGAAGAGUGAAGGGAGUCGUCUGAACGGCAACAUCUUACAGCAAAGGGAAAAUAAGACGGCGCGUUUAGCGCUGGAGAACCGGAGACACGCCAGUCACCACGGAUUCAUCCGUAGCCAGCGCGGCGGCAGGGGCGCAGCCACCUUCGCUGCCGCCGCCGCCGCCGCCUCCAUUAAGGAUGUCGCGCAGAAAGAGAAAUGCAGGAAGCAGUUCAGAUGGAACAGAAGACUCAGAUUUCUCUACAGACCCAGAACAUACAGACAGUUCAGAAAGCGAUGGUACAUCACGCCAGUCUGCCCGUGUGACACGAUCUUCUGCUAGGCUCAGCCAGAGUUCACAAGAUUCCAGUCCAGUUCGCAAUCCACCAUCAUUUGCAGUAGAAGAGCCUGUUUAUUCUACUCGAAGAAUAACCCGCAGUCAGCAGCAACCUACUCCUGUAACUCCAAAGAAAUAUCCUCUGCGACAAACACGUUCAUCUGGUUCCGAAACAGAGCAAGUGGUUGAUUUUUCUGACAGAGACACAAAAAAUGCAGCUGACCAUGAUGAGUCCCCACCCCGCACUCCAACUGGGAAUGCUCCUUCUUCAGAGUCUGAUAUUGAUAUCUCUAGUCCCAAUAUGUCACAUGAUGAAAGUAUUGCCAAGGAUAUGUCCAUGAAAGAUUCAGGGAGUGAUUUAUCCCAUCGUCCCAAAAGACGACGUUUCCACGAAAGCUAUAAUUUUAACAUGAAAUGUCCCACCCCUGGCUGCAAUUCAUUAGGACAUCUGACAGGAAAACAUGAGCGACAUUUUUCUAUAUCUGGAUGCCCUCUGUAUCAUAAUCUUUCAGCGGAUGAAUGCAAGGUGAGAGCUCAAAGUCGAGACAAACAAGUGGAAGACCGGAUGCUUUCUCAUCGACAGGAUGACAACAAUAGACAUGCUACCAGGCAUCAGGCACCAACUGAAAGACAAUUGAGAUAUAAGGAGAAAGUUGCAGAGAUGAGAAAGAAGAGGAAUGCAAGCUUAACUAAGGAGCAAAAGGAAAAAUACAUGGAGCAUAGACAAAUCUAUGGCAACACGAGAGAGCCCCUUUUAGAGAAUCUGACCAGUGAGUAUGACCUAGAACUAUUCCGACGAGCGCAAGCAAGAGCUUCUGAAGAUCUUGAAAAGCUGCGACUUCAGGGCCAAAUCACUGAAGGUAGUAACAUGAUCAAAACAAUUGCUUUCGGCCGCUAUGAACUGGACACCUGGUACCAUUCUCCCUACCCAGAGGAGUAUGCCCGGCUUGGGCGUCUCUACAUGUGUGAAUUCUGCCUCAAAUAUAUGAAGAGUCAAACAAUACUUCGUAGACACAUGGCAAAAUGUGUCUGGAAGCAUCCUCCAGGAGAUGAAAUCUACCGCAAAGGCCCAAUCUCAGUAUUUGAAGUAGAUGGGAAAAAGAACAAGACUCUGUAUUACGAUGUUGAACCAUUUCUUUUCUAUGUCAUGACAGAAGCUGAUAACACAGGAUGCCACCUAAUAGGCUAUUUUUCCAAGGAGAAGAACUCAUUUCUCAACUAUAAUGUUUCUUGCAUACUGACAAUGCCUCAGUACAUGAGGCAGGGUUAUGGUAAAAUGCUUAUCGAUUUCAGCUAUUUACUCUCCAAAGUGGAAGAGAAAGUUGGAUCUCCAGAAAGGCCCCUCUCAGACUUGGGACUUAUUAGCUACCGUAGUUACUGGAAGGAGGUUCUUCUCCGUUAUCUGCAUAAUUUCCAAGGCAAAGAAAUCUCCAUCAAAGAGAUCAGCCAAGAGACAGCUGUCAAUCCUGUCGACAUUGUUAGCACUCUGCAAGCCCUUCAGAUGCUCAAGUACUGGAAAGGCAAACACCUGGUCCUAAAAAGACAGGAUCUUAUUGAUGAAUGGAUAGCCAAAGAGGCCAAAAGGUCCAACAGCAAUAAAAUCAUGGAUCCCAGCUGUUUGAAAUGGAGCCCUCCCAAGGGCACUUAAUUAACCAGUCUCUCCAAAAAGUGUGAACAUCCCAUCACCAUGCUGCCGUCAUCUCCACUCUGGAUACUUUAUUUUUGUCCAUAGCUAGAAACAUCCUUUCAGAUCUUGGAUAUGUGUUUGCUCUUGGUACCAGCUCUCCCUUUUCAGAUGUUCCUGCAGUGUUUCACUUUUUUUAGAACCUUUUUGACCAUUGUCCAUGAGGCAAGAUUGAAAAGCUGAAAGAGUUCUGGACAAUAUUAAUGUGGCCUCAAGAAAGUGUAGUAAGAUUUACUUACUCCUCCAUUUAUGCUUGGGUUGCUUCACAUAUUUUUCGUUUUGUAACUUGCUGCUUCUAUUGUAGCCCUCAGAUGUAGCCCACCUAUGCAAUACAGUGGGAUUGCAAAUGUGAUGAAUAGGAUCAUAUUGCUUUAUCUUACAGAUGGGGGAGCGGGGGCAGGAAAAGAUCAAUUUUAAAUUUCUCUGUUAAAGGAAAGCUAGUGGGGCCAGGGACGGAGGUUCUCAUCAGUCCCAUUCCUACACUAGUUUUCAUUUGCACAUUUUUAAUAGAUAAGAGACCACUCAAAAAAACAACAGUCCUUUGCCUUUUUUUCUGAAAUGUUCCACUCCAUUCUAUUUGCCCUACACUUCCCUGUCAUUCUGCUGCAUGUUUAUAUACAGUUGAAAUGUAACUCCAUGAGACUAUUUCCCAAACACUUGAUGACAAUGUACAAGUAAAAAAUGAUCCAACACUUCCUGGAAUCCCGAUUUACUUUUGGAUGAGCAAAUUUCUCACAUUUAUUUGCAGAACCCAAUACAUCUUUGAUCUUGGCACCUGUGUAUGCCAGCAUUCUCCCCACAAUAUAUUUCCCCCUUCAGUCCACCAUAGGAGUUGACGGGCAAGGAAAUCUCCAAAGUGACUUUGAUUUCUGAGAAUAGUAAUAGUACUUAUAAUUCUGGACACAUGGUAGCAGAAGCAGUAAAUCAGCCCUCUAUGAAUUGACUGAUGGAUUUUGGUCAGGUGACCCUGAUGGCAGCUUUUGAACAGACUCAGACUGCUAGUACACUUCCAAGAGUCAAUGAACUUUGUGGAAGAAAGAUUGCCAGAUCAACAUUCUAGCCUUGGCAUAGCAUUGCCUUACUAAUUUGGGAUACCUCAUCAUUUUGGAUUUGCUGUUUCAAGGUUCCUAUGCUUGGAGCCCAAGGAAUAUACAUAGGAACACAUUCCAUGAGCUGGGGUGGGGAAAGGAUGCUCCUUUUGCCAAGUUGUUCAUUUGCAAUAGAUCACUAUGUACAUUUGGCAAUUUUGCCAUUUAUGAUUCAAUUUGUAACACUGCUGGAUGUUCUGGUACCAGGCCUUGGGGGAAUUUGUUGCAGCUGACUUAAUGUAGUCUUCAUGAUGACUUGUGUUUUUUGGUCAUACAUUGGCAAUUUCUAGAUUUUCCCUGCCAAUGAGACUACCUAGGUCUCAUAACUUCCUUUUUCUUUUUUUCAAGGAGUAGAUAAGGAGAUAACAGCUUCAGUGAUGCUGUUCCAUACAUGAAAGUUGAGAGCUGGCUCAGAAGCCAUUGAGGGCAGGUGGACAGUUGUGGGCAUUUUUGAAAUAAUGGCUUGUUGUUUUGAAAAUGAAAAAAAUAAAAUCCACUACACAAGGUUACCCAAAGAUACAUUUGUAAUCUCAUUUUAAGAUUUGGUACCUGGAUGUUUGUCAUAAAAUGACUCCAACAGUUUGAAAUUGUGAAAAAUUAAAAAUAAAACUUCAACUGUGGUAGACCUCCAGACUCAGCCGUAGUAAGUGUGCCCCUUUUCAAAUGAGAGUGCUCUUAUCUUUUAAAUAAAGCCUCAGAAUUAAAGGGGAUCCUCUACUAGUAAUAGAUAAUACCUACUUAUAACAGCUGGGAACAAUGGAAGAGAAGAGAGGAAAGAAAGCAUUUUGUCUGGUGAAGGAAGAUUUGUAAGCUGUUUAGAUGAAAACGCUUGACCAUUGUAAGUCAGGUGCUAUAGGGUGCCUUAAUUUGCCCAUCUCUAAAACCUCAACGUUCCUAAAGUACAAAAAGAGGAAGAGGAAAACUCUGGCCAGUCUGCUACACUAUUUUCUACUGAUUCCACUUUUGUAUAGAUGGAAAUCUAUACAUAAUGAAUUGGACUUCUGACUGUCUUUGCAAGGCUUCUCUCCCUUUCACAUGUAUUGUGAAUUUCAAGUUAUGUCUUUGAAAACAUUCAGCUCCUGGACUGUGUCUCUGCACUCUGUACUAUAUUAGGUUGCUCUACUGGCCAAUCUUUUGGCCACAGGUUUUCAUGAUAUUAUGCAGUAAUAUUCCAGUAUUUGAGAUGGGAACCUACUCCUAAAUGCUGAGAUGGUGGUGUACAAACCAGUGAACCAGUGUUCAAAUCAUGAGACACACAGUAAUCUGUAACUGGGAGUACACUUAUAUGCAGGAAAUCAAAGUGGCCACAAUGGAGAUUAAUGAAUGGUUGUGUGCACCCCAGCUGGAUUUGAUCUUAAGAUAGCUUCUUGUCCUUAGGCAUUUUUUCUUCUUCCUGACAUUAGCAAUAGCAAUAGCAGUUAGACUUAUAUACCGCUUCAUAGGGCUUUC